GCAGUUGCAUAUUAUGAGGAAUUUACUUUUGGAAAGAGCGUAUUGCCGCUUCUGAGUUUCUGGUUCCUUGCUCAACCCUAACUUUAGCCUGAAGAGAUGCCUGAAAUAAGUGAAGAUCUUUUGCAAUUGGAGCACAAGAAUUGCGCUUUCUCAUUCACAGAAUCUGCCCUUCUCGUUUGCAACAAGAAAGAGUCCCAUUCUCAGUUCAAGAAACCAAACCCAGAUGAAAAACCCAUGUUUAAUCCUCUUCCUCCAAGCCAAGUUUUAGGAAGAGUGAAGGAUUUCUUAGGAGUGAUGUCAGAAGCUAAUAAAAGGCUCCAGCUUGAUGCAAAGGAUAAAGCUCAAGAUUAUGAUAUUGAAGUACUCACUGGAAAUGAAUCUGAAGUUAUUGAGAUGGAUCUAAUGCUAGGUGUAGCUGAUCUUCAUACACCAGAAGCUGUAAUGGCUGCUGAAUCAGCUAUUGCUGGCAACCAGCCAGUGAUUCCUUUAGCUGCUAGCAGUGGUGGAACAGACUCUGAAGGUGGCAUUGAACAUAGUGAUGACGAAGACAGGGAUGAUGAGUGUAGUGACAAUGAUAAUGCCAAUAAAGACAAGAAGAAAUGUUUUCCCAUGCAAGUUAAAAGAUCCAAGACCUUAAAGGACGAAAGCGAAGCUUCUGGAGACAAGAAAUCACAGAAGCGGCCAAAGAUUGUUGAGAUAUCAUGAAAACAUCUCUCUCUCUCUCGCUUUGGUUUUUAGGAAGGGACUCGCCAUUUCUUCACACAGUUGCAACAAAAUGCUUGUGUACUGUAUGCUGGAAGUUUUAAUGUAAGGAUUGUGCAGUGUCUGCCCAGGAUUUAAGUUAUGUGGUUGACCAGUUUUUUCUGUCUGUUAAUCUUCUGAAACAUCAAACAGUGACAUAAGGUAUGUAAAUUUGUUUUGUUAUAAGAAUUCAUUAUUAGAGUGAUUAA